UUGCUUUGAUUAAGCCGUCAUAAUGAAGUGUCUUGGAUAUGCGUAGUGUAAAGAGGAGCUUCGAGUUAUGCUUUACUUUGUGAAUAAUUUUGGGAACAUGGUAUUAUAGUUAAAUUUGUUUCUAAAUAAAGGCAAAAUGUUGUUUACAAAGUUACUUUUCCUGUUGGUAACACUCUUCUCAACGGUUUACCUCAUCAUUGCAAAGCCCCUUACCAAAGAAGAGUUUGACAACAGUUAUGCUAAGUAUCUUGAGGACCUACAGGUUUGCAAGGAAGACAAGGUAUGCACGGACAAGGUCAACACUAAGUUUAUGCCGGUGGUAGACGAUGCACUGGCGUCUGGGUUAGAAGUCAGCUGUGGAACCAGUAAGCCCAAAUCAAAUCUUGUAGAAGGAAAAGGCACAGGUAGUCUUACGUGUAGUGCCCGUGAAAGAGCGCCAACUUCUAGUAGCUUCAACUUCUACAAGCUUAAGUUGUAGGUUCUAUUUAAAAAAUGUAAACUGUGAUCUGUUAAUAGUAAGGAAAAAAUACAACUCAGUUGUCUAUGUUAAACGCA